ACGUGCUCUAGGAGGGUCUGCACCGGGGAGGAGGAGGAGGGGGGGGGAGUUGGCCUUGGGGAAGUGGAAACUUCCCUCCUCUGCGCUGAGGCUGGGAGUCGGGGAAGGGGCCGAGCGGGCGGAGCCGAGCUCAGUCGGGGCUUGGCCGCGGGCGGGGCGCCGCAGCCCGAGGAGGCGGCUUCGUCCUCUUCGCAUCUGCAGCGGCGGAAGGGGGUCCCCCCCCCCCGCCCCAUUUCCGCACCGUCAGGAUUUCCGCUCUUCUCCUUCGCCUCCGUCGAAAGAGGAAUCGCAGCCGCCCGAUUCUCGCCAGCUCAGCGGGCGGCGCUCGGGACGCCCAGCAGCAGAAUGGAGCCCUCCGAAGAGCCCGAUCCGCCGGCGCCUCGGCCGGGAGCCCGCCCUCUCCUGCCCUCCAGAGAGUUCGUGACGUCCCGCAAAGGGCUGCUGCUGCUGGCGGAGGCGGUCCUGUCCUUCGUGAUUUUCAUCUGCUAUAUUGCCUCGGAGGCUGCAUCAUUCCUGAUGGUGCCCCUGUUGACAUUUCUGCUGGCCCUGGGUUUUUUCUCUGUAUAUGCUCUAAAGAUUAAUGAGAAGUUCAAAGGACCCUACUGGCUUUUGGUGGAUUUCUUGUGCUGCCUCAUUGCUGCUAUCAUAUACUUUGCCAUCUCCAUUGCUGCUGUCUCGAAAUAUUCUGACAGAGCAUCCAAGGCAGCAGGAGUAUUUGGCUUCAUCGCCACCGUUGUCUAUGCUGUUAAUUUCUACAUGACCUUUAACGAACUGAUGACCGUCCUCAAGCAAGGCGACUCUUCAGAUGCCCCUGAGCCACAAAAAUCAGAAGAAGAUGAUUCAGAUUCUGAUUCAGACUGAAGCCGGAAGCCUUAGUUUGACCACAGAGCCAUAAGCGAACAGAGGAUGAAGGACACACCCUCUUUUUAGCCUUUCACCACCUUUAUAAACCUUUCUACACAUUGUUGUAUGGAGCAUCACCAAAGCCACUGAGGAGACUGGGAGAUCCUCUUACACGUCCUUUUUAAACGCAAGUCUGCGGCUGUUUGAGUCUUGGUAUGUCUUUCUCUCCCUUGCUUCAUUCAGCACGACAAGAUACAGUGCAGGCAAACCUCCUUUUGUAAUCUCAACUGUGUAUAUCGUCUGGGCUGUGUGUGCAGACCGUGCCGUCUCGGUGACUUGAUCGAGGCACUUGGCAAUUUCAGCAGUCUCUUAUAAACAAUCCAUUUUGUAGAGUUAGACCUCCCGCCCGCCCGCUACACUGGGGGGUUGAAGUUGCACCUAGAAGUUUCUGGCUGACCAGGAACCUAACCCUCAUGAUCUCAUUGAGUAAUGCCUCUAUAUUCGUGGUCUCCAAAUCUGUGACUGCAGCCAAGAACAUAACCCCCACGAAUAUUGAGGUCCUCCUGUAUCAGAAACAAACAGCUCAGUCCAACAACUGCUGUGCCUUCAUGGAUGAAGAUUUGCAUCUACUGAACUGUACCACACAAAUGCACCUAGAUACUGGCUCAUAUGGGCCAAGAGGACAGGCCCAAAGUUCUGCCUUUAGAAGAGCUUGCCUUCUCCCAAAGAAAAAUUUGGAAGAGGUCCUAAAUUAGGAGACAAUCCUAUUGUGUUCCCAUGUUGUUCCUCUUAUACAGAAGAUACAAUUGAAGGGGUAAAGGGGAAUAAUUGGUUUUUGAGAUGAUCGUUUGAAUAGCUUAUGCAAAAAUGAAUAAAUAGUUAUACAAACUGUGGGACAUGACUUCAUGAUUUUAAAUUGCUUUCCAAUGUGCCGAGAAAGCCACAAAGAAUUUUUAAGGAAGUAGAAUUAACUACAUAAAUCAUCCCAUUCUCAAGCUAUUUUAUAGAGGAGGUUAUUUGUUGAAUCAUUUUUCUGUUAUAUAAAGGUUGAAUCUGUUGAAGGAACAUUACACAGUAUUUUACCAUGUAUUAAGCCAUAAGGUAUGAAAUACAAUUAUAUAGAAUCAAAUCACUGAGACACCAAAAUGCCUUGCAUUUCAGUGAGGUGUUAGUAUACUAGCUGGCUUUUAGCAGAGUGCAAGAAGGUUUUUCUCCAGGAAUGGCUUGACUCAUUAAUCUAGCUAGAGACAGAACUGGUUCCCUGAAGGCUGGUACCUGAACAGGGUAACACAGUCCUGACAUUCUAGGACACAGGUCUCUCAUAUUCUCCAAAUGAAUUUUUCUAAUGAAUUUUUAUACUUUUGCCUCUUUCUGAGUCCUAAGUUGAACUUUUGCGUUGCAUGUCAAAACUGGCACAUGGUUGGCAUUUAUGAACCACUGUGGAAUAAACUCUGUUGACAAGAGAA